GUCACUAGUGUUGUAGCAACACCACGUGAGCUUAGGACAUUAGUUCAGUGCUGUAAGUUUCACCUACAGAGAUGUGGUCAAGACUGAGGCGUCUAGUUGAGAGAGACAAUACACAGCAUGGAGAGACCAGAGCAAGGAAGAAGGAAGCAGGCCCUAGGUCUCACUGGAAAACAUGGAGAAAUCUCUGGUGCUGGGAAAGACACGGGACUACUCGGGAAGCACCAUCCCAACUCUCCACCUUCACUGAGCAGGAGCAGGAGCAGGUGCAGGAAAUGAAAAAACUAGAGAAACUCACCAUUCGUCUACAUGAUAUGGAAUGUGAGAGAAAUGAGCUGCGUGGAAUCCUGGCCAAUUACACAAACAAGGAUUUGAACAACAGGCUAAAUUUUGAACUCGAGAUGCUUGAAAUGGAACACAAGCAGGUGAUGUCAGCUCUCCAGAAAUUGCCCAUGGAGAUUAGUGAUGCCUUGAACAAGUGCAAGGGGCUGAUUGAGGAGACUGAAUACUUUAGUUACCUGCAUGGCCGGUUCCUACGAGAGUGCAAUCACCUAAAGAAGAGUGUUCGUGUGUUGAGGAUCCAGAACAUACAGCUGUGGAAAGAGCAGAUUGAACUGCAAAAGACCUGUGAGGAGGUGAAGAAGCUCUUGAAGGAGGCCCAUGAGAAGAUCUGUGACCCCUGUGCUGAGCAGCAGCAGGAGCAGGAAAACCUGGAGGAAAGACUGAAGGACCUGCUGAAGCAGAAGGAGCUGGUCACCCAGCAAAGGGUCUUGGCAGAAAAGCUGCAACAUCACUUCAGUGUCUCUGAGAUGAGGUCAGAAAAUCUGCACCACAAGCUGGAACAUGUCACAGCCCAGGAUGAGAGCCUCCUGCAGACAGAGCUGCUGGAGCAGGAGCAGGAAGUAUCACAGGCAAGCACUAUUGAGUAA